UAGUGGGACAGAAAUCUUUUUUAGAAAGAGAGAGACACGCUGCUAUAUCUAGUAGGCUAUGCCCAGAAUGACGUCAAAAAGCGUCCAUACUGCUAAAUGUUAGACGUUAGAGGCUCCUCCAUUGUACUGUCAAACUUUCAAUCCUAAUCGAAAUCAAAAUGUCUGCUGCACCUGGAUCAGAAGUUGGAGCUGAUGGUCAAGCUCCAGUUGUUGGUGGAGCAAGGAAUCCUCAACAAAUGGCUGCCCAAAAAAGACUCCAACAAACUCAAGCACAAGUGGAUGAGGUUGUUGGAAUCAUGCGAGUCAAUGUUGAGAAAGUGUUGGAGAGAGACCAAAAACUUUCAGAGCUAGAUGACAGAGCAGAUGCUUUGCAACAAGGAGCUUCACAGUUUGAACAACAAGCUGGAAAAUUGAAAAGGAAGUUUUGGUGGAAGAAUUUGAAGAUGAUGAUUGUAAUGGGUGUAAUUGGACUGAUAAUCCUAAUCAUCAUAAUAGUUUGGGCCACUGCCGGUUCUAGUAAUAACAGCAUCACAGACUCGACGACAAAUUCACCUUAAGCAAUUUGGCGACGUUUCUUGUUUUGAGUUUGCGCAUUCAUCAUCCUUCUGUUGAUGAGCUUUACUUUUUCCUGUUGUCAGUUUCGUGGUACUAGUCCACACGGGUUUGCGUUGGGAAACAGUAAUAUACAUGAAUUAUAUGUACGUCAUGUUGUAUAACCUUUCUGCCAAGAGUUGCGUUUUCCAUCAACAUCAGAAGUUCAAGAUCCUAGGCAGGAAGUUUCCGUGCGGAAACAACGAACUAUUCUUGUCUUCUUUCAGCAACGUUUAACCCUUCGCCGUUGGAUAUGUUUUAUUGCUUACCUAUGUUACUUAUCUAAUGUUACAUGUAAUCUGAUAGCUUGGACUUUCACCGUUUCUAUUGUAUUAUAUGUAAUCCAUCAGCUCCUUGACAUUGAGUCUAAUUCUUGUCCCCUGUUAUUGCACUUGAUUUAAGGGAAGUUUGCAUUUGCACCAGGUUAAUUUACUAUCUUCUUCAAUGGUAGAAUUUUUUGAAACCAGCAUUCUUUAAUUGUCUGUGAGUGUAUAGAUUAAUAUCCCAAUUUUUUUAUCAUUACACAUGUCGUUUAUGUGUUUA